UUCUAGAAGUCAGGCAGCCAUUUUGGGAGAACUUUGUCAGAACAAAAGGGGAAUUGUGUCGUCGAAAAAAGUCUGUUUCCUAAGCAACGCGACGUACUUUAUUUUCAUUAUAAUCACACAAUUACCUUUGACUAAGAUGAGGCAGCGAGACAGCACAAGUCCUUCACCAGUAAGAGAGAACAGCUGGAUGUCUGGGAGGCGAAAGCGCCACAGGAGAGUGUCACACAGCAGUGAACGAGAAAACAAGUACCGUAAACUUCACCAGCAUCCGAAAAGCAGUGACGGGCAUUACUUGGAGAGCCGGAGUCUGAAUGAAAAGCAGGAGACGAAAGUCAGAGCUGUGGAUUCAGGGUAUGAGAAGGAAAGCCACUUGAGCAUCUCAAGGGAGAAGGAGAGGCAUCGCGUCCGCCACAGGGCCCCGGACUGGCACCACUACAGCAAAUCAUCUGGAUACAGCGGCCAGAGCAGCCGGCACGGUCGGAGACGCAGUCGUAGCCGCCCUCGCCACCGUCGCUCUCACUCGAGGAGCCAUCGCAGGAAAAGGUCCAGAAGUAUUGAGGAUGAUGAGGAGGGGCACCUGAUCUAUCACAGUGGAGACAUACUCAGGGCGAGAUAUGAGAUCGUGUGCACACUAGGAGAAGGUGCCUUUGGGAAAGUAGUCGAAUGCAUCGAUCAGAAAAAUCAAGGUGCUCGUGUUGCACUGAAGAUCAUAAAAAACAUUGAACGUUAUCGAGAUGCGGCCAUGUCUGAGGUGGAAGUGCUGGAACACAUAAACGCUCUCGACAAAGACAGAAAAUACUGUUGUGUGCGUAUGCUUGACUGGUUUGACCACCACGGCCAUGUGUGCAUUGUGUUUGAACUGCUUGGAUUGAGCACUUUCGACUUCCUCAAAGAGAACAACUUCCAGCCCUUUCCGAUUGACCAGAUCAGACACAUGGCCUACCAGAUCAUCAAAGCAGUCAAGUUCAUGCACAGAAACAAGCUAACACACACAGACCUGAAGCCAGAGAACAUCUUGUUUGUCGAUUCCAAGUAUGACCUCGAGUACAACGCGAAAAUGAGAAGAGAUGAGAGGACUGUGAAGAAUCCAGAUGUGAAAGUGGUUGAUUUUGGGAAUGCAACAUAUGAGCACGAGCACCACACCACCGUGGUUUCUACACGGCAUUAUCGUGCACCCGAAGUCAUUCUGGGUAAUUCUGAACUGCGUUUUAUGUCUAUGCGCCUGUUUGUGGUCAUCAGUGGCGUUUGCAUUCACACCGAUUUUUUUUUGUUUUGUUUUUUUAUUGACUUAUUUUGUUACACAGAGCUGGGAUGGGACCAUUCCUGUGAUGUUUGGAGUGUGGGUUGCAUUCUUAUUGAAUAUUACCUUGGAAGCACACUGUUCCAGACUCAUGACAGUAAAGAACAUCUGGCCAUGAUGGAAAGAGUCCUGGGUCCAUUACCAACACAGAUGCUCCAGAAAACAAGGAAGCGGCGAUACGUCCACCGGGACAAACUAGACUGGGACGCGCAAACCACGUCAGGACGAUACGUUCGGAAACACUGCAAACCUCUCAGAAGCUAUAUGAACUCCAGAAGCCUGGCCCACGAGGAGCUGUUCGACCUCCUUGAGAAGAUGUUGGAAUACGACGUGACGAAGCGAAUCACUCUGGACGAUGCCAUUAGACAUCCUUUCUUCGACUGUCUCGGGAAGGGCCACAAGUGAACGAAACAAACUCUUUUUUUUCUCUCCACUCUCAAUGAGAGGUUGCAUUUAAAGGACUGUAUCAGUCCCAUGUCUAGGUUUUUGUUCCUCCUUUUACUGUAACGUGUAAUUUAUGUGAUCUGUAACUUAUAUUGUAUUUUACACAGUUGUCAAUCAAGGCAGAGAUAAAUAUAAAUGGUUUGUGGUAAAUAUUAUUUCCUCAUUUGUCGAAUAAGUAAUAUAGCUUUAUUAAUUCAUUGUGUAGCCAUUGUGUGUCAAAAUGACUGUUUAUUCUUAUAAUUUUCAAUAAAAAAAUGUUCAAGGA